GUUAACCCAAAGAGAUACCGGAAAUGUUGGAUCCGAUAUAAAAGGCUCUCUCCCCUAUCACCUCUGCAGUUACUUCCUAACUAUCUAGUGUAUCAAAUACCAUGAAUGCCUUGACCACUUUCAUUGCAAUUUGCUGUUUAUCAGUAACAGCAAAGGCGAGACCAGGAAUUGGGUCAACAAAGCUAGAAGGUAUUCCGGAUCUGCAAACUUUUGGUGGAAUCUCUUACCCCAAAUAUGACAUACUUCAUCUUGGUGAAUAUUCCAAAGGAUUUGUACCCGGAGAUACCAUUCAUGAAAGCAAACACGAAACAAUUACUGUACCAAAACCCUACCCCGUAAAAAUUCCAGUCCCCCAUCCCUAUCCAGUUCACAUUUCCAAACCCUAUCCUGUUGUUGAGACUAAGUACGUCAAAGUACCAUAUGCAGUGCCCCAUGAAAUUGUCAAACAUGUUCCCGUUCCCGUAGAAGUGCCAAAACCAUACCCAGUGUCGGUGCAUGAACAUGGUGAUUCUCAUGGAGCAGGAUCCUCACCCGUCUAUGGAGUACAAAAUGGUGGAGAACAUUAUGGAACUUCCGAACAGGUCUCAAACUAUGAAACACAGGAACCCAAUAUCGAAGAAGGUGGUUUAAGCGGGCAUCAAGAAAACAGUUUAACGGACGGUAACCCAGGCUGGGUACCAGUUGAACAUCACGAAGAGUAAAGAGUAACUUAGUUAUUAUUUGUUUUAAUUUCUAGACUGAUCAAAGGUAUGUUUUUUUGUUGAAUAAAAUUGUUGUUUGUAA